GAAAACGUCCAUUGCAUGAUCAAGGUGAUAGAUCAACCUGCAACACAAUUUUUGGGCAUUUGAAAAUAUUUCGCUAUAACUUCCCGCGUUUGGUCUCGAAUCUCGAUCGAUCACGGAAUUGCUCAUUACCUUCCCGCUUUCACGAUUGAAUUUCAGCCACUUGUCUGCAACCGUUAUCCAGGUCAAUGUUCUCAGACAGGGAUCGUGAUUAAGUAGGUGAGCUCCUUCCUUUUCACAUCGGUGGAUUUGGAUCGUUUGGAGCUGAUUGUUCGAGAUUCUAGCAACCUGUAGUUCCGAAAUUUUUCCAUAAUUGAUCCGAAGUAACGAAGCCGGGGAUGGGAAGGCAGCUACAUUUACUAGAUGAUCAUAUGAGUGGAAAUUGGAGUUUGGGUAGCAAAUACCAUCCAUGUAGCCAGUCAAGGAAGAUAUCAAUAGGUAUCGUGGUUGAUUCUGUUGCCAAAACGAAGGGCAAAAAUGGAAAGGGAGAUGUGACUGAGUUGCAAACUUCACAAAAUGUAACAUCAGCAAAAGAUACUCCCACAGAAAGACAGAACAAAGCUCCAUGCCAGGAACCCUCUCCACUGGUUUAUACAAACACUUCCCAUCAAAAGAUAUCACAUCCAGACACAAUUAAUCAUCCAAAAAAAGUCUCGAGUUUGCCUUCCACCAGCAAUGUACUCCUGCAACCUAACAAGAUAGUUGGUGAAACUGAUCCUGAUACAGUUUUUGAAACCCAGAUGUCUGAUCUUCACUCCAAGGAUGCUAAUAAUGAGGAAAAAUCAAAGAAAAACACUUACCAAAGUGAAGCAGGCAGCCAUUUUGUCAUGGGCAGGGAAGAACAGUCUUCAUAUGCAACUCCACAGAAAGUAACUGUGCCAGAGAAAGGGAUAACAGAGCAGGGAACAAGUGAAAGAGGAAACAAUGGAAACAUGGCAUUAAGAAUGAAAGUCCAGGAGUUACUUGGAACUGUUUCUUCACCUAACAAGAAACAACACGACCAUGAGACUUUUGGAAUGGAUGCAAAUAAUUCAAAGCCCAAGUCUGUGACCAACAAAAGUGAUAGCCAACAUUUGCAGACAAGAGAAACCCACUCUGGAAGUCUAAACAAGAGACCAGUAACUCGAUCUUUCACCAGCAAGAAACCUCAAACACAAAAGUCUGUUCCAUUAUAUCAGUAUAAAGAAGCUCAAUUAGACAAGAAUGUAUUCUCUUUUGUAGACAAUUGGUCAAAGAAAGCAAGCACAAAUGUGAAUCAUGGGUCUACAAUGUCUAAGAGAAAGGAAAGAGGGGUUCAUAAAGAUGAGAACCAUCAAGCUACUGUUGUAAGGAAAAGAAAAGCUGAUACUGUAAAUGUCUCAUUGAAAGAAAACAGAAGAGGAGACAUAGAGAAAGUUCAGCCAGAUACUGAAAUGAAAGACCAGUUUGAAGUUAUCGGGACCGGAGGAGGUAAUAAUAGUACAAUGUUAAAGAACAAUAAGGAUCAAGAUUCUUCUUCCAAACAUUCCUUAAAGAUCAAUCUAGACCCACAAUAUGAUCUAAAGAGCCCAACAUUUGAGUUCAAAACAGCUCCUAGAUCUUUGUUCUACAACAACCAUGAAGACCUUGAUGUUGGUAGCCUGUCUAAAAGAUCCUUCAAAUCUCACAGCAUAGGGUUUUCAAUGGGGGCCCACUCCAAUGCAAACACAAAUAAUUUUACCAUGGACCCUCAAGACUGUGUAGCAAAACCAGCUACAGUACACAAAGAAAGUACAUAUGUAGGAUCUGAGAGCUCUGAAGAUGGUUCGCCUGUCACAGUGCCAGUUACAUUAGAGAACAAGAACAUAAAUGGAAAUAGAUGGUCCAUAUCACCAUCAUGUCAAGAGGAGGUUUCUGAGAGCUCUGAAGAUGGUUCACCCAUCAAAGGGGAUGGAGAUUGUGAAAAUUUUCAUGAUACUUCUUCAGAACAGGAUGGGCUUGCAGGUGCUGUGAAGCUGUUUGCCUUGGCCUUAGAAAGAGUUGAAAGCAAAAUACAUUCAAGCACUACUAGACAAUCUGCUGAGAUAUUGUUGUCUGUUUCCAUGAAUAUACAUUCGCAGUUGCAAAACGCUGAAUCUAAGAUCCAAAACGAAGUUGGAAAGUUAACAAACCUUGGUAAAUCCAAAAGAAUGCACCCAGAAAGCAAAUGCCAAGAGCAACAAGAGCAGCUGAAGCGCAUAUACGAGAAAUUUAAAGAAGAAGUGGAUCAGCACCUUGAGAAGUGCCGAAGCACACUUAAAGGACUAGAAUCACAUGAGAUUGAAGUUAGAGGGAUGGUAGAGAAACAAAGGGUGUCACACAGAAAGCUUCUCAUGCAAACUGAAGAAGCUAUUGAGGCACAGCUUAAUGAUGCCCAAAAGAGACUCUCAGAUGUUCACAGGGUGGCAAGGGAGAAAAUGGUCAAGCUGAAAUAUGGUAUAGCUGAAUGCUUAAAAGAAGGUUUACUCGGUAGUUGAAUGACUCUUGUUUUCAAACCAAUAUCAUAUAUUAAUUACUUUUAGGAUCAACAACAUAAUAAGUCAUCCCUUGGGUUCUUGAUACUCUACUUUUUGUCAUUUAUAAUUAGGUAGCAACAUUUACAUCCUAUUUUCUGUGUUAAGAAAUUGAAAAACCAUUUCAUGUAAUCAUUAACCAUCACUUAUCAAGCCCUCACGCUAUAGGACAAUUUGUUAUGGAUUGAUAUACUUCAGCAAUAAUCAAGGGUU